CAGAACGGUUCCAGGGACCGGGUUGGGCGGAUCAGUUUCCCCGCAGGAGGCUGCAGACGCCGGUCCUGGGACAUGGCCCAAGAAGCUCCAGGGAGUUGAACUCACCAAAUGAAUGUCUAAGUGACAUACUAUGGAGCAAUGCGAGAAGAAGAAGCACUCUUGCUGACUACAUAUCAGACCCUUUGCAAUGAGGAUGCAGAAAUCCUCUUGCUACAUUCCUAUUGUGAGACCUGCAACCCUGUGGGAGAGAAACAUAUCCCAUGCAAAUACCCCUCAGAAUCAACAACAGAACAAAGACUCCCAAAUGCCCAGCCCUCCUCUUGAAAGACCUGCCUUACCUUGCUCCAGAUUCACUGAUCACAUGAAGAAUUUCUCUGAAUCUCUUAAACUUAGAAGUUUAUGUUUUCUGCAUUUUCCAGGUGAUCAUUUUAUCACCAUGAAAGAAGAGACUUGUGUUGAACAGGCAUCUAAUCAACCAUUAAUUUCCUUUUUGUUGGAUGAACAUAGUAACUAUUUCUUUCCUUCUGAUGAGAAACAGAGGCAGAGAGGAUUAGGGGUUGCCCUAAGUCAGAAAAGGAGGUUGCAGAAUUCAGCCUCAGGAAUCCAUACAGUAUUCAGGAGUGAUGUGGUAGAGAAAGGCCAGAAUUUGGAGGAAAAAAGAGAUGGAGAAGAACUAAUGGGUAAUAUUGAAGUGCAUUCUUUUAAACUAAUAUGUUUACCUUUUGCAUUGUCUCCAGGAAAGAUUCAGACUCCAGUGGCAUGUAAAAGCCUGCUUUAUGCCCACCCACACACCGUCCCCAGGUCUCCUGUUGUGAGUGCAGCUUCAGAAGAAGAGAGUCAUGGAGAAGCCAGUUCCUCCCAGACACCAUCCAAUCAAUUCGAUGAGACCCUACUGCUCUUCACUGUCAGACAAGAAAUUAAGAGAGCCAGAGGAGCACCCCGUGAGGCCUGGAGCAGUCCAAUUUUGGCAAAGCACAUGACAAAAAAUCUUAUUAGAUCCCACUCAGUCACUCCUUUGCACCUGGAGGCUGCAGGCACGCACAUCAAUAGGCACAUGAGACUUCAGAACCGGCCCUCCUGCAAUUCCAGGGGAUAUUCUGCCCCACUUGGUCCCGCUGCGAGGCAUUCCACCGCCAUCGGCCUUUGCAGGAAAAGCCAGACCCCUUUGGCCUCGUCGGAGGACCCCCGGAGUUCCUCGGAGCCAGAGCUGGAGGACAGGAAGGCAGCCUCAGGAGGCGCUCAGGCGGACCCCCAUCGCCAAAGCCGACCCCGGGGCGCGCCCCUAAGUCCGGCUGGAGGAGGCGCAGUUGCCAUGGCACCGGAGAUGCUCCCCAAGCAUCCUCAUCCCCCGGGGAAAAGGGAGCCCAGGGUGGACGCCUCCCUCCACGGCAAUCUGGCAGGAGCGUCCCUUCCUCUGCUCGCCGGUGCUCCCACCCAUCUCCCCUCAAAGAAGUUAAUCAAGGUUUGCUCUUCUCCCCCCGCCCGCCCACCCCAGCGUUUCCAUACGGUUUGUUCACAGGCCCCUCCUAGGCCGGGGGUGAAUGCUCACUUACAUUGACCGCUGCGAGGGAAUUGUCCGCGGGUGCUGCCCAUCUUCAAAUCAAUGCCUGCCCAGAACAACAGAAAAGGCCUCAGAUGUACUGGUUUCCACAGAACCAUUGUUAGGCUUUUGUGAAGCAGUUUUGAACCUAAUAAAUAAUGUCAAAAGUC